AUGCCCGGCAUUCUUCCAAUGAAGGUCAUCAAGGUCGGCGUCAACGCGCAGACCAGAAUUGCUCAGGCCUGCGAUCGGUAGGUGCAAAUGGAGCUGUCGUCCACCCGAAACACUUGCUGAUAAGGGUCGCCGUAGCUGCCGCAGCAAGAAGAUAAGAUGCGACGGCGUCCGACCAUGUUGCUCGCAGUGUGCCAAUGUGGGCUUUGAAUGCAAGACGAGCGACAAAUUGAGCAGGAGAGCGUUCCCAAGAGGCUACACGGAAUCGCUAGAAGAGCGGGUACGGGUUUUGGAGGCGGAGGUCAGAGAGCUGAAGGACCUGUUAGACGAGAAGGACGAGAAGAUUGAUAUGCUAUCGCGGAUACACUCCCAGUCAGCACACCCAAUUCAGCUGCCGUCGCCGCGACGACCUUCAACAACAGUGGAGCUGAAUUCUCCGGUUGGAAACGCCGAUACUCCGCCCAAGGAUGACAUGUUCAAGGUGCAGCAAUCGCCAUAUCUGCUGGACGAGGAAGGGUCGGAUUCAUACUUUAGCGGAACUUCGAGUGUGCGGACCUUCAUUGAAGCUUUCAAGCAUCGGGUGCAGGAGAGUGGAAGAUCAACAGCGGAUAUUGACACUGGAGCUCUGCUCUCCAACAGUGCCCGUAGAGGUUCGGACGCUGCAGUAUCGACGCCAAAGUCGCCUGUGAUCUACAAGGCUCCACCGAGACUUGUUUCGGACCAGUUUGUCAACAUCUUCUUCCAAGAAUGGGCGCCACUAUUUCCGAUAUUGCAUCGACCUACUUUCCUGACGUUGUACGAACGCUUCUGCUCCGAUUUCGACUCGGUUACCGACAGAGCGGAGAUCGCCCAGCUGAACCUGGUCUUCGGUAUUGCAGCUUUGUCGGAUGGUACAAGAUCCUCGGCAGACUUGGACAGCUUCGAGAGCCAAUGGAAAUCGGCGAUUGAUGCCAUCAUAACCGAGAACUCGAUGGCCACUCUCCAGGCAUUGAUCUUGGCUCAGCUCUUCUGUAUCCAGCAAGGGGAUCUCACCAGGCUAGCGACAUAUAAGGGACUGUCGACCUCCCUGUCCGCUCGUCUUGGACUUCACCAAUCUCAGAAGCGCUUCGCCUUGGGCACGCUGGCGUGCGAGACUCGCAAGAAAGUGUUCUGGUCCCUGUACGCCGUCGAUAGCUUCACGGCAGUCCUUCUUGGCCUUCCAAAACACAUCAAGGACGAGGAUGUCUGCUGCGAGAUUCCCAUUGACGCUGACGACGAAUAUGUCACCGAACGGGGCUUUCAGCCUACUCUUCCCGGCGAAUCGACAAAACUCUCCAGCGCGCUGGCCCUCUUCCGCGCGUCCAGAAUUCUGUCAAAGGUACUGGAGGAGGUCUUUCCGGCCAAAGCUUCGUACGAGUUGUCACUGAAGAAGCUGAGUGAGCUUUCCGACGAGUUGGAUAACUGGAUCAAUUCUUUGCCAUCUCAUCUCCGUUUGCACUUUGCGCAGGUAGGUUUCGCGAGAGCAUCGUUACCACCGAGACCAUGUUUACUGACAUUGCGCAGGACAAGCCAAGUACCGGCACCAUCAGCAGCCGCUCGCCCCUUCUCUCGCUCACAUAUCACUACAUCCGAGCCUUGAUCCAUCGACCGGCGGUUUGCGCUUCGUUAGGUGCCAGGUCGCAAUCAUCAGUGAUGGCCACGGCGAGUUCCUGCAAACACAUCGUUCAGAUCAUUCAAUUGCUCGAUGAGAGGGGCAUGAGCUUCUCCUUCUGCCUCAACCGCGACGAAAUGCUGGUGCUCGCUGGAUUCGGCUUGCUCUUCCAAGGUCUCGGUCUCGACCCUAACUCGAAGAUCCUGCGGGACAACAGCAAAAUGCUGUCCGUGAUUAUCGACACGCUCACCAAGUCGAAAGCGCCCUGCGCCGCCCAAUUUGAAAAGGUUGCUACAUCGUUUAUGCCAGUUCGACCAAGCCCGCCACCUGUGCCCAAGACCAAGAUGCUUUCGCUCUCGAGACACAAUUCUGACGGUACCCAAUCCCUGCCGUCUUCGACCAGGAAGCAGCUCAAAGCAAUUGCAUCCCGCUUCACCGCCAACAGCAAGACUCCCAAGCUGGAUGCUUCUGAUGGCAGCCGGAGAGCAACCGUUCAUAACAUCAGCCUCCUCCCGUACAAUCAACAGACACACAGCCAGCCGUCCUUGCAGCCCCCAACCUACGCUCCAUCGUCAACCUCCCGCUCCGAACCUGCAAGAAGCCCCGUUAACAUGUACUCCCGACCCGGCCCUACUAUCAACAACGCCCGUCCUGCCGCAACGCCAAGAUCGCAACACAAAACUCGCAAUACUGCUCAGAAGCUUCCCAACCUCGACUACCUCUCCUUUGGCAACGAACCCGACACCCCAUCUCCUCCGCCUUCUCGAACCACACAACUCAUCAAACCCGAACCAGGCCCUACCGACUGGGAGAAACUCCUCGGCUCCCUGGACAAUGGCGAGACGAAUAUCUACGAUGCCUGCUACGGCGGCCCACCCGUCGAUGCGCUUCUCAACGCGCCCUCUCUCGGACUUAGCAGCAACAACGCUUCUACGCCGGCUCUUGCGUCGGCCGAGUCUGCAUCAAUCGCGUGGAACGGCGACCUAUGGGCUAUCUGUCAAACCGACACCAACACGAGUUCUUCUUCAGGCUUGACCCCCGGUGGCGGCGCUCAUACCGCGGGAAGUAUUCUGAGCUUCUCCUCCGCCGACGAGGGUUUGAGCAGCUCUGAAGACUUCACAGGUGAUUGGACGACGGGCAAGAGCGGCAGCACUCAAGCUGAAUUCCGGGGGAUCGUACUGCCGCAGGGAGACGAUUUGACGUUGGGAGAUGGUUGGACUAGUGGAUUGAAUCUGUAG